GAUAUAUAUCUAAGUAUUGUGGCGCAGGGAAUGAGAAAACAAUAUCGUUUGCUCCCUCUAACUGCGUCCCUGACGCUUGGCAAGUCUCAGCACGUAUGUAAAUCAGGCUUAAGGAAUACUGCUGUAUAAAACAGCAUUAGUAGGAGCUGUUUUCUAAAAUGACCUUUUUAAUAUAUCAUUUAUUUGACCCUUUUCCCAUCCAAAGAGUAUAUAAUAUAUGUAGUUUCCAUUCAGUCAAACUGACAACAAUGUCUUAAAAUUGAUGUGAAUUACCGAAUUCUUUUCAAAGCAGCCUCCGCCAAAUUAUCGUAUAGUUUUAACACCGGAUGUCUGCCCAAAAGCUAACAAAAUGGUUACCUUCCGCCUUAAAAAAGUUUCGAACGAACAGACGACAAAUAGAUUUCGCUGGCCACAAUGUGCUUGGUAUUGAAGACUUGAUGCAACGAGAAAAGCCCGGCAAAAUCCUUAUAGAGCCGAUACUAAAAAAGCAGUAUCACCAAGCAGUUCAGAUACUAAAAGAGCACUAUCUGAGUGAGCAUGUGCUCAUUCGUGCUCAUGGCCUGGACGUUAUGCAAGACAACGCUCUCGAUGAAUAUCUCUACAGUCUUCUUAAGCAAGGAAACACGGUAUGUGCGAAGACUUACGACGGGAAACCGGUGGGCAUUUGUGUGAACAUCGCCAGCGGCCCUGCGGACUCAAAGAUUCUGCGAGACUAUGCUCAUUAUAGACAAGAUCCCCAUACGAAAGAAUUCUUGACCUUCAUUGCCAAAUUACAGGAGACUCUAAAUCUCUGGGACGUGUUUAAGGUCCCUAAAAUAUUUGAGAUCAAAAUGCUAACGGUCAUCCCAGAAUACCGACGGCGCGGUUUGGCCACGAUGCUGGCGGAGAGUUCCAACGAGAUGGCCGAGACACAGGGCUACGACAUCGUACGGAUGGACUGCAUGAACCCCCAUGAUUUCAAGAUAGCGGAGCGCCUCCUGUUCCACUGCAUGGCGAAGUUUCCACUAAAGGCGCUGCGCGCGCGCACUCGUAUUGGCCACGGAGAUCAUUACACCCCCGUCGGCUACGUGCGAGUAUACGUCGGCGCGCGCACCCGCGACCAACCCGACGCCGAGCUCAAGCAGAAACGCAGGGAGCUGGAGAGCCUCGUCGAGUAAAUAUUAGAACGGUGCGAGAAUUUGCAUGCGAGUUUAAUUACAUUGCGGUAUUUGAUCGGUCGACUGAAUCGGAUGUAACUUCAAUAGUCCGCAAUGUAAUUAAACUCACAUGCGAGUUCACGCGCCGUCUGAGCCUAAGUUCGAUACGUCGACGUGUCUAAUAAAAUAAACUGUUACAAAUAUUCACUGUUGAUAAUGUCACAAAAUAAAAGUAAAACCUUUUCGAUGUCACCCAUAUUAAACACUAUUGCACCCUAA